AUGCCGAACUUCUGUGCGGCUCCCAACUGCACCCGCAAGAGCACCCAGUCCGACUUGGCCUUCUUCCGUUUCCCCCGGGACCCGGUCAGAUGUCAAAGAUGGGUGGAGAACUGUCGAAGGGCAGACUUGGAAGAUAAGACUCCAGAUCAACUCAACAAGCACUACAGACUGUGUGCUAAACACUUUGAGACUUCUAUGAUAUGUAGAAGUAGCCCUUACAGAACGGUUUUACGGGAUAAUGCUGUGCCAACUAUAUUUGACCUUACAAGUCACCUGAACAACCCCCACAGCAGACACAGGAAAAGGAUAAAAGAGCUGACUGAAGAUGAGAUAAGAACACUGAAGCAACAAAAGAUUGAUGAAGCCUUUGAACGUGAACAGGCAGCUCAAGGGCUGAAUGAAAGCAAUGAACAAAACACUGUCUCGGAGGAAGGAGGGGAAGAACAAGAGGAAAAAGCUGUUCCCUUAACACUGGAAGAGAGAGAAAACAAGGAUUACCUUAAGUCCUUGUUUGAAAUUUUGAUCCUGAUGGGUAAACAAAAUAUUCCUUUGGAUGGCCAUAGUGUGGAUGAGCUUCCAGAGGGUAUUUUCACUUCGGAUAACUUUCAGGCUCUACUGGAGUACAGAAUAAAUGCUGGAGAUGAAGUUCUGAGGAAACGUUUUGAGAUGACCGCAGUCAACCUGGAGUAUUGUUCAAAAACUCAGCAGAAGCAGAUGCUUGAGAUCUGUGAAAGCUGCAUUCGAGAAGAGACGCUGAGGGAAGUAAGAGACUCACACUUCUUUUCUCUUGUCACUGAUGAAGUUGUAGACAUAGCUGGAGAGGAACAUUUACCAGUGUUGGUAAGAUUUGUUGAUGAUGCUCAUAACCUAAGAGAAGAAUUCAUAGGGUUUUUACCUUAUGAGGCUGACCCUGAAAUUUUAGCUGUUAAGUUCCACACGACUAUAACUGAAAAAUGGGGUCUAAACAUGGAGUACUGCCGAGGUCAAGCCUACAUUGUCUCCAGUGGGUUUGCUUCCAAAAUGAAAGUUGUGGCUACAAGACUGUUGGAGAAGUACCCACAAGCUGUGUGUACGCUGUGUUCCUCGUGUGCCUUAAACAUUUGGCUGGCAAAAUCCGUUCCUGUGGUUGGUGUUUCCAUUGCGCUGGGAACAAUCGAAGAAGUUUGCUGCCUUUUUCACCAGUCUCCACAGCUACUGGUGGAACUGGACAACACCAUUUCUGUUCUUUUUCAGAACAAUGAGGAGAAGGGUAACGAGCUGAAGCAGAUCUGCCGUUCUCAGUGGACAGGAAGGCACGAUACGUUUGAGGUUUUAGUGGACCUCCUGCAAGCGCUCGUUCUGUGCUUGGAUGCUGUGAGCAGUGACUCAUCUGUCAGGUGGAGCAACUUCAUUGUGGGCCGAGCCUUUGUGCUCUCCAGUGCAUUAACAGACUUUGAUUUCAUUGUCACCAUUGUCAUUCUGAAAAACGUUCUGUCUUUUACAAGAGCGUUUGGAAAAAACCUCCAGGGGCAAACAUCCGACGUGUUCUUCGCAGCUAGCAGCUUAACAGCAGUGUUGCAUUCUCUGAAUGAAGUGAUGGAGAACAUUGAAGUUUACCAUGAGUUUUGGUUUGAGGAGGCAACAAAUCUGGCUGCAAAACUGGAUGUACAAAUUAAACUGCCAGGAAAAUUCCGCAGGGCGCAGCAAGGGAGCUUGGACUCUGACUUAACGUCGGAAAACUACUACAAAGAAGUCCUCAGUGUCCCCACAGUGGAGCAUAUCAUUCAAGAAUUAAAAGAUACAUUCUCAGAACAGCAUUUAAAAGCUCUUAAGUGUUUAUCAUUGGUGCCCUCAGUCAUGGGGCAGCUCAAAUUCAGUACAUCUGAGGAGCAUCAUGCUGACAUGUACAAAAAUGACCUGCCUAAUCCAGAUACGCUUUCUGCUGAGCUUCAUUGUUGGAGAAUUAAAUGGAAGCACCGAGGGAAAGACAUUGAACUUCCAGCUACUAUUUAUGAAGUACUUCACUUGCCUGACAUCAAGUUUUUCCCUAAUGUUUAUGCCUUGCUUAAGGUCUUGUGCAUACUCCCAGUGAUGAAGGUGGAGAAUGAAAAGUAUGAAAUGGGACGUAAGCGCUUAAAGGCUUACCUCAAAAACACCUUGACAGAGCAGAGGUCGAGCAACCUCGCUUUGCUGAACAUAAACUUUGACAUAAAACAUGACUUGGAUUUAAUGGUGGACACCUACAUUAAACUCUAUCCAGAUAAAGUGGAAUUUCAAGACUUUAUUCCCUCAAACAACUCAGAAGUAACAGAAAAUGCUUAAUUUUUGUUUAAGCUCUACCCAAGCUGUCCAAACAGCUUUUUCUUAGCUAAGUUUCAGCA